UCACAGCCUCUUACUCGUCAUCCGGGUGGCCGCUUACACUGACUGGAGCCCCGCUUACCCUUCUCAGGCCGGGACAAGACGUAGUGGAAGCGGGGGAGGGCAGCCGGGCCUAGGCUGGGCGCUGAUCGAGGUGGCGGAUAGUGGGGCGCGCGAGCCGCAUGAGUGGAUGGAGCCGGGCUCUGGGCUGCAGCGGCGGGGGCCGGGACUUGGCGGCGGGGGACUGGGCUCCGCCGGGGUCUCCCCCGCGCUCUCGGGCCCUCAGGCCCGCCGCAGGAAACAGCCGCCGCGCCCUGCCGAUUUCAAGCUGCAGGUGAUCAUCAUCGGCUCGCGGGGCGUCGGCAAGACCAGCCUGAUGGAGCGUUUCACAGACGACACCUUUUGCGAGGCCUGCAAGUCCACCGUAGGUGUUGAUUUUAAAAUCAAAACGGUAGAGCUAAGAGGAAAGAAAAUUAGAUUACAAAUCUGGGACACAGCAGGUCAGGAAAGAUUCAACAGCAUUACCUCAGCUUAUUACAGAAGUGCCAAGGGGAUUAUAUUGGUAUAUGAUAUCACAAAGAAGGAGACAUUUGAUGAUUUGCCAAAAUGGAUGAAAAUGAUUGAUAAGUAUGCCUCAGAAGAUGCAGAGCUACUAUUGGUUGGAAAUAAGUUAGACUGUGAAGUGGACAGAGAGAUUAGUCGGCAACAGGGAGAAAAAUUUGCACAGCAGAUAACUGGGAUGCGGUUUUGUGAAGCUAGUGCCAAGGAUAAUUUUAAUGUGGAUGAAAUAUUUCUGAAACUGGUUGAUGACAUCCUAAAAAAGAUGCCUUUGGAUAUAAUAAGGAAUGAAUUGUCGAACAGUAUCCUGUCCUUACAACCAGAGCCAGAAAUCCCACCAGAACUGCCUCCUCCAAGACCUCAUGUCCGUUGUUGCUGACCUGCUGCUUCACCCAGUGUGCAAGUGAUGAGCGGAGAAGGGAGGAAAAAAGCACCUGUACUACUCUGCACUACAAUCAUGUGGCAGUUCCUUGUUGCACUUUUGAUUCAGAGUCAGAGCUACACACUAAUUUGUAAAUAUGCAGACCUGGGUAGUAUUCAGCUAUAACUGGUUAGGUAUUGCCCUUCCCACAAGUGGUUUUUCACUCCUCUUUCCCAGUGCUAUAAAUAUUGUACAUUUGGCUGGGAAAUACAGCACUCCCCAAAUUAGGAUGUAUUAAAUUAAAUGCAUACUUCACUUACUCUGAACAUAAAUGUUGUAAUAGUCCUUGAUAUAAACAGAAUCUCUUCUAGUAUAAGGUGCUUUGCUAGCUUUUUUGGGAGGUCAUUUUUAAAAUUUAGACUUACAUGUAUAAAGCUUUCUUAAGAAGCAUUGUUUCCCUCUUAAAAAUCCAAAAGAAAAUGUUUACUGUAGCAUUUUAAAAUGACUGACAGCACAAUCCUAUCUAUGAUUGCCCAGAAGUAAGACCCGCUACUGAACACAGUGAGUCUUACUGCCAGGUAAGUAUGCAUAGGCCUGAGGCCUGAGAAUGCAAUCUGCCAACUACUAGUGCUAUACACACACUAUUCAUUUCAGUCGAGCCUGCAUGUAUGGUUCCAUGCAGGCAUCAUUGAAAUGAAUGGAUUGUAUAGCAGCCAGGUGGAGUAGAUUGAACUGAACGUGCAAAUUGUAUUUCUAACAGUUCUUUAUUAUUUAUUAUUUUUAUGCUAGGUCAUUUGUGUAAGUGUGUGCUAAGGCACUGCACUUUGUGCAGUUUUUGAAGGAUGAAUUGUCAACUUGCACAAUUAGUUUCCUGAGAUAAAUUUGCUAGCAAUCAGGUUCUGUAAAAGCAGAGAUAUAUUUGAAACCUAUAAAAAAGAUAUAAAAGGCAUUGCUGCUGUCCUAGACAAAUUCUUUUUUAAAUCAUUUUAGGACAUUUCCGGUCUUAUAGAAUAUAUAUGUAUUUGUCUGAACAAAUUUGGGAGAUAAGUUUGUUAAAAUAUACUCUUUUCUAAUAGGUGAGCUUACUCCCAUCAAAUAUGCUGUACUAAAGGGGUUUUGUUUGUGAACCAUAUCUUUCUGGUAUAUCUUUUAUUAAAACUGCACUGUAUAGUUUAGCUGUGGUAAGCCAGUAGCUACAUAUUUGAAUAACUUGAUGUGUCCUAAAUGUUGUUGUAGUAUAUUGAAAAGCAUUGCCGUUCUCAACUAAUGAUGUGUCAAUAAAAUUUUGUAUUUAUGAA